AAACAUCCAUAGACUUCAAAAUAAGUUAACUAUUUAGUACCUAAAAUUAACUCGUAAUUUGUUUUUAUCUAAACUAAAAAUAUAUAUUGAAAACGAUUAGUGUACCCUACUACGGCAUUUGAUUUAUCUUUUAUUUUUCUUGUAAUUUUUUUUCUCUUAAGGGAAAUUUUGUUUGUAUGUGACAGUCGUGCGUCAGCUGACAAGGUCGUCAUUAAAAAAAAUAUAUUGCUAACAUCAUAAAGGUAUUAUAGGGUUGGGUUCUGGUUUUGUUACUGUGAAUGUUUUGUGGGGUGUAACACAUCAGCGACGUCGAGGUAAUAGCGAAACAGUUUGACGAACUCGAAAUAUCCACGAUGUCUGCCAUGGACAACCACUUGUUCAACCUGAAGUUCGCCGUGAAGGAUCUGGAGCGGAACGCCAGGCGGGCCGAGAAGGAGGAGAGGAAGGAGAAGCUCAAGUGCAAGAAGGCCAUCCAGAAGGGCAACACGGAGGGCGCGCGCAUCCACGCGGAGAACGCGAUCCGCCAGAAGAACCAGGCGCUCAACUACAUGCGCAUGAGCGCGCGGGUGGACGCCGUGGCGAGCAGGGUGCAGUCGGCGCUGACCACGCGCAAGGUGACGCAGUCCAUGGCGGGCGUGAUGAAGGCCAUGGACGCCGCGAUGCGCUCCAUGAACCUGGAGAAGAUCUCGGGGCUGAUGGACAAGUUCGAGACGCAGUUCGAGGACCUGGACGUGCAGAGCUCGGUGCUGGAGAACACCAUGGCGCAGACCACCACCACCAUGGUGCCCCAGGGCGACGUGGACUCGCUGAUGCAGCAGGUGGCCGACGAGGCGGGGCUGGAGCUGAACCUCGAGCUGCCCCAGGCGGGCUCCACCGUCGGCGCGUCCACCCAGGUGUCCCAGGAGCAGGACGAGCUGACGGCUCGUCUCGCGCAGCUGCGCCAGAUGGAGUGAGUCUCGCGUGUCCGUCCCGCGCGAUGCUGCUGAAGACGUGGGCGUAUUCAGCUUCGACACCGCCACAUUGCUCCGCGCCGGUGCUGCUGGGGUUUUCCGCUGGCUUUUUGAAAUGCAGAAUAAAAAGCUUCUGAUUUUUUUCCAUAUUGCUGCAGAAAUUGACAUAAUUUUUUUUUUAAUCCAUGUAAGUUUUCUACCUUAAUUGUAUUUUAAGGAUUACAUACUGGUUUUAUGUACCUAGGUAGAAGCUAUCAGAUAGCCAUUCUUUUACUAUGGAGAAGAGAAAAAAAAGGGAACCGGGUGGAAUCCCAAUUGCGAACGAACAUCUAAUCCAAAAAAGUUUUUUUGGUUUUUUUUACAGAUUGUUGGAAUGUGUUAAAUCGCAUCUUUUAAUUUAGGUGAAAGUUUCCAAUUUCAUGUUUUGGGAUACUUUUUUCACAUUGUACAUUCAAUUAUUUACUUUCACACAUUUAUUGUUUUUGGAAGUGUUGUAUACUUGCUUUCUUUGAUCACAGUAAGAAACAACCACAGUUAUUAACAGCCGUAAGCACCUGUUAAAAUUCACGAUCUGGAAAAGGUUGCUCGGAAUAAGCGUGUAGAGAGGAUUUUUUUCGUAUGCUAUGUUAUAUGCCAGCCAAUUGCUUGGAAGUAGUUUGAAAGUAUGUGAUAAAAUCCAGAUUACACAAAACAUAAGUAAGUAUAGGGUUAUUAUUAUUUUUUGUUACCAAAUAAUCUAAUGUUGCAUGAAUGAUUGCUAACAUAUAAACUAGAACCAUAAUCAAAUAACUGCUAACAAGAUCAGAUAACCAACACAAAUAUAGCAUUUGUGUGAAUUGUUCACAACUUCUCGUUUUUGUAAUUGUCUGAUGGGUCACGUAUCAGCUGUAUUAUUGUGGUGUAGCAUUAUGUUGAGAAUAUCUCCACUUAAAUAUUUCAGCUAUCCAAUGUGCUUAAAUUGGAUCAUUAUUUCUUGGCUCCGUCACUUUUAGUUGUGUGUAGAUCUCACUCGUACCGUCUUCCCUUCAGAUGUACCUUCCUUUUAACAUAAAAAAAAUUGUGCAUUUAUUUGGAAAAGUCUGUUAACUGCCGUCCAUUGGGAUGGAAAAUCAAAAUAUAUUUUCGCUAUACAUGUACACUUUUUCUGAGCUAUCUGGAAUUAGCCUCGGAUACUAAGUAUGGUGCUUCAUAAGUAAGUUAAGUUAUUAAUAUUAUUGUAGUAUAAAUUUGAGCUCAAUUAGACAUUAAUUAUAAUUUCCACCUCUAACAAUAUGCCCCUAUGUGUUUCAUUGUUAUUCCUGUUUAUUUAGGUAAAUUUUAAGUCCUUACUUAUCCACUUGUCAAUCCUUUACUUUCAUGCUCUUAGCACAAACUUUAAAUAAUGAAAUUGUUUUAUUUCGGUCCAAAUUUCAGGAGUUGAUUUAUCUUGAUCUGUUCUUGAGGCUAUGCUUCUGCUUGCUGGUCACUGGAAACCCUUCUUUGCACGAUGUUGCACGCAAGUUGUGCUAACAGAUGCAAUAAAGUAAAAAAAGAUUAUUUUUUAAGACAGUACCAAGUGUUUUUCUCUUUGCCAAAGCUUGCUUGAUAUUUUUCGCUUGUAACUUGUUUAACUGUCAUUCGUACUUGAUAUCUCAAUUUUGAUUGAAUGCAGCUAUUUUUUAGUGAAAUAUUCUAAGCACGUGUUCGUGCAGUAAGUUUACCCCAAACUAUUUAUAAAAGUAAAUAUUUCUGGAAACCAAAGAGAUUGUUCUAACGCUCUAUUCAAUGCCUUGGAGUUGUAAAAACUCUGCAAACUUUCGAGAGACGAAUGUUCGGGAGUGCAUGGCAUUUGGCAGGUUAACGAAAUUUAAUUGUAACUUUGGGUGUUUCAAAAUGCUGUGCUAAACUAGAGUUCUUGAUUCGUUAUGGGUAUUUCAGGGAAGUAUAGCGUGCAGUGUAAAUUCAAAUGUGUGCAUUCGUAACACAUAAUGUUCCACUUACAUAUACCAUUACUUGGUUAGAAACUGACACUUUCUCUUGUCAUCUUUACUUCAUUAUGUGUGUGCACCUUCCCCCCUCCCCUCCCCACCCUUCAUCAUAGGCUGUCAGGCUGACCUUUAGGUAUCUUGAUAAUCUGCAGUUUCUGACAAGGGGUUUGUCUUUGUCAUGGGUGUGUUUUUAAUGAUGUGUAUGUAUCUGCAGGUUUCUUUUUAUUAUUAAGUUUGUCAAGCUUCUCGGCAAUGUCAUUAUCGCACUUAAGAGUGGAACUACACACGACAGUAGGGGGAAAGCACGAAUCUCAUAUUGCGACUGUUUGUGAAGUUGGUGGUCACAUUACUUUUCGCAUAUUACUUGCCAGCUGCUAGCCUCCAUCGGACAGGCUUCGAAAGUCGUUUGAUGGAAAAUGGAACAUACUGAGUAUGCAAAUAGGAUACGUACAUACUUUUUAUUCCGUUUAUCACGUGGGGUGUAUUCAUUUAGUUUCAUUUAUUUUUUAAGAUACUUAGUAACGUGGUGGGUUUAAAAUUUUCAACUGGUGGCUUUGAAAGUUUUUUUUUAAUUACUAUAUUUACAACUUUUCCAACAUAUAUAUCCUGCUGUUGUGUUCAGUUUUAAUCUUCUUGAAGCAGCUAAGUGCUUGAAGAUCUGCUGGCUUUUGCUGCCUUUGUUACAAUGUUAUCUUCAAGAUGCUGUAAAGAUUUUGUAUAUUCUUAAAUGAACGAUGUAUGUAAGAUAUCUAGUUCAGUAGCCUAAAUAAACUUUUCUUGUUUUGCUGUA